GAAGUUUGCAGAGCGCAGUUGUUCCCCAUCCAGUACGGUGCAGUGUUUGCAAACACCUUGAACGCAAGCGAGAGAAGAAGGAGGGGACUGACGGACGGACUGCUGCUAUUGCUACUGCCGCUGAAAGCAAGCGCUUCUCCGUUUGCGUCGCCGGGGACCGCUCUUACUCAUCUCACUGGGUGUUUUUCUACCUGAGAAAAAUAUUUAAGUGCAGCUAAAUAGCUUAAAAAAAACAAAGCUUUGGAGAGAAAAAAAAUGGAUGUUCUACCCAUGUGCAGCAUCUUUCAAGAACUUCAAAUAGUUCACGACACGGGCUAUUUCUCAGCCUUACCGUCUCUGGAGGAGUACUGGCAGCAGACAUGCUUGGAGUUGGAGCGCUAUCUACAGAGUGAGCCUUACGUCUCCACGUCCGACCUCAAGUUCGACGGCCAGGAGGACCUCUGGAGCAAGUUGAUCUUGGCCUGCGGGGACAAGGCCAAGGCCGAGUCUGACCCAAAGCUUCCCCCGGCCCACGAGGAGGACAAUCAGGACAGCCAAAUCUUGGACACCAACAGUGUGAAUUCUGACGCCAGCAGCGAAGCUUCAGACAGUUCUGAGGAGCUCUCGCCCACACACAGCUUUACCUCCAACCCUCUGGGCUCCGUCUUGGUUGGCUCUGGACCUUUUAGCCCCUCCGUCAUUAGCACUCCACCAUCCUCUCCGGAAGCCAACUCGGAAGCUGGCGGUGUGACAAACAACUGGGUCGCCGCGCACACCGAGUUGCACUUGCCGGUCAAAAUCAGGAGCAGCGGGGUGGCAAAGAGUACGGAAAAGACGGGACUGAUCUGCGGGGACGCGUCUCCGGACGGCAGGAGGCGAGUACACAGGUGUCUUUUCAACGGGUGUCGCAAGGUUUACACGAAGAGCUCCCACCUAAAAGCACACCAGCGCACUCACACAGGUGAGAAACCAUACAGGUGUUCGUGGGAGGGCUGCGAGUGGCGUUUUGCACGAAGCGACGAGUUGACCAGACACUUCAGGAAGCACACUGGGGCAAAGCCAUUCAAAUGCAGUCACUGUGACAGAUGUUUCUCCAGGUCUGACCAUCUGGCCCUUCACAUGAAGAGGCACAUCUAGAGCGGGGCUGACACCAACCAAGCAAAGCAGCGAAGGAGAAAGUUUUAAGAGAAAAACAAAACAAACGCUGUCUCCCGACCAGUCUCUUGGUUGAACUGUCCCAGAGCAGAGUGGGGGGGAGUGUGUUCCAGCCAAAGCAUGCCGUUUUGCACCAUAGUGAAACCCAGUGCCUCCGGGACCUCUCUUUGGAGAAAGGCGCUCUGAAGGUUGUCUGUUGCAACAAGAGGACGAAAUCAUGGAUGGGGAAGAAAUCUUUUUGAUUGAGAAGGAUUUACACACACAAAAAAGACAAAAAAAAAAAAGAUAAAAGACACACAAACAAAAAGAGUGAGUGAUUUGUAUGUAUGGUGCAUGAUGUUUUGGGGACAUCUCCCGGACAGCAGAUACACUGGUACUUCACAGAACUGUCAGAGGUGAGCAUGUGUGCACUGUGAAUGUCUGAGAUUGGCUGACCGGCCCCCUGGACAGAGAGAGGAGGAUUUUGUCUUUUUUUUUUUUUUUGAGGGGGGGUUGAUGGAUGGUGUGGGGCUGGUACCAAUGUUGCUGUGGACUGAGUGGGUUUUCUGGGGGAAACGUUCCACUUGUUUCUCCUGGUGGCAGUGUGAGGAUGGUGCAGGAUGGUAGUUCCUGCCUGUCUUGUCUGGCACCCAGACUGUGGGGGUCCUUAGAAGAUUUUGAGGCCUUGGGUUCAACCAGAGAGAGAAAGUGGAUUCUGGUCAAUGACCCAGGUACCAAAACUCCGCCCCCCGGUCACUGUAUGACAGGAGCUUUUCUUUUUUUUUCCUUUUUUUUUUCUUUUUUUUUUUUUGGUGUUUUUGGUGCAGCUACUAAAUGUGCAAUGUGUUAUGUAGCCUGGUUUAUUAUUUUUUUACAAGCUACAAAGCUCAUUUGUAGUCCAAUUGUAUAAGCUGUGUGCUUAGAGGUAUAACACAACUAUAACUUCAGUAUCAUAGACAGGUGUUGCAUGGUUUUAGGGUUUGUUCAUUUCAUGUUUCCACUGUAAUCAGGACUGCAAAUAGUUCCAAUAAAAGUGCAGCUAAAGUGCGAACGGUUAAAUGUUACAAUAUUGUACAUAAAGCCUUGAUGAUUUCCUCUUUUAUUUUUACAACUUCAUCCAUUUCCUCCAUUCUGGUCUCUCAUCUGCCUGGAGAUUUCACACCUGCUUCCUCAUUGCUUCAUUCAUCUUAUGCCUUGAGGAUUAGUUUAGAUUUUUUUGUACUUUCUUUUCUAUCUAAUAAUGCACUGUUGACCUUAAUGGUGCCUUAUGCAAGUGACUUAGCCCUGUGGCAGCGGUGGUCACGUUUGUUGUAUGGGUGAUUUGACAGGCUUGAUCAAGGCUCAGCUGCAAAUGAACGAGCACCUCUUUGUGUUUGAUGACCGUUCUUUUCAUCCUUUCUGGCGGUUAAUUGUAUUGUUAAAAUGUUAAUGUUCAAAAAGGAAAAGUACCUUUUUUACUCUUUUUUUUGUUUGUUUGUUGUUUUUUUAAUCAAAACAUUAGUUCGUAUUAAGGCAGAACAUGUAAACAAGACAAAUGCUGUAUGUUUGGAGCACUUAAAUUCAUUAAUUAAAGACGUUAACUACUGUGUAGUAUGUACUCAAGUCCAUCACUCACAGCUCUAAGGUACCAAACGACCAGAGUAGGUAGACAAAAAUGGAUGUUAAUGUGUAAUUCAUUCAGUGCUGCUCCUCUUCCUCGCAUCCCUCCCCAUCUUCCCCAUCCUCCCUGUCCCCUUCUGUCUCUCCAUCCUCAGAAGUUGGACUGAAGAAAAAGCUAAAGAUUUAUUGUAAUUAACAGGCUGCAGUCAGACAGGCCUCGCCUUGUACUGCCUCUCAGUAAUGAAUAGCUAAAGGCUUUGUUGGCAUGGAAUCUGUCACAGACUGCUGACUGUGUAGGUUGGUUAUUGACCUGUCUGGGGGAGCGUUGUUUUAGCCAAGCUGCAACAGUAUUAUGAGAACUACAGGAGCGAGGUGGGGGGGGCUCUUGAGAGGAGAUACAGAUCAAGCAUUGACUGCGUAUAUAGAAAUUUGUCUGCCAAAAAGAAAAAAACCCUUAUCGUAUCUCCUUCAAAGAUGAAUCUGUUUUGACAAAAGCUGGAGACAGUUGUAAUAGGGAUUACACUUAUUACUGAUUCAGGAUCAGGUGAUCUGUGCCUCCCAGUCCAGAUCAGCGACCUUGCUGUAAGAUUCCGAUUGCUGCAGCAAGUUGCUCCGCGGCACGCUACGACUUAUGGAUUUCAGAUCAGCGGCCGGAAGAGAUGGGAUGAGUACCAACUUGAAAGUGCUUGCUGCAAUAGAUUUGGGAAUGCUGGCAGUGCCUUUUGUGGGCAAAGGAAGGGAGCAUCCAUUCUGUGGAAACGGCAGCCAAUACUGUUCAACUGGCAAUUGAGCCUUGAUUAAGCCCCAUGUUUGCUCGCAUCUUUUACACGUUUCAUCAUUUCUUUCAUCCCACUACUCGUCUGUCACAAACACACACAGCUCUUUGUUCUCAACUGAAUCUUUGUAUAAAAAGAAAAAAAAAACAACUUUUGUAAAAUUGUUAUGUUUAUGCUUUAUGAAAUUUUUAUUUGAAAUUGUUUUGCAAAAUUGUUAUAUUUCUGUAUGAAUGUAUUUUUUAUUGGAAUAAUAAGAAAUUCUUAUCUGA